AUGGGACUUUUAACACUCCUCCUGGUCCUCGUCGGCCUUGCUUUCAUCGCGCGCAUCGUGAGCGAGAAAUGGAGGCACAGUCAAAAUGCCAAGCGCCUGGGUUGCCAGCCAGCGCCCAUGGCACCGUCCAAGGACCCCCUCGCUAUCGGCGAUAUUCUGGAGAUCAUCCAGGCGGACAAGAACAAGGUGGUGCCAGAGCUGCUCGAGAGCCGCACCAAUAUCAUGCGCGACAAUGCCGGACGCUACGUUUCGACCUUCCGUCUCAAGAGAGGUCUGGGGGAGAACAUGCUCACCUUUGACCCCGAGAACCUCCAGGCCAUGUUGGCCAAGCAGUUCAAGGACUUUUCCGUUGGUGGUGAGAGACUAGGAUGCAUGGGUCCGUUGUUGGGCAAGGGAAUCUUCAUCAACGACGGCGCCGAGUGGUCGCACUCGCGUACGAUGCUCCGGCCCCAGUUCACCCGUGACCAGAUCAGCGACCUGCGUCUCGAAGAGCACCACGUCCAAAACGCCAUGCGCGCCAUACCCGCCGCCGGAAGCAACGGCUGGACCGAGGUCAACAUUCAAAGCAUCUACUUCAGCCUGACCCUCGACUCCGCGACCGAGCUGCUCUUCGGCGAGAGCUGCUACUCUCAGCUGGCCGCCACGGGCGACGCCGAGGACUGCAUGGCCAGUGGCGGCAAGGUGACCGACUUUGGCAAGAAAUUUGACCGCGCCCAGUGGUACAUGGCGCAGCGCCUACGUCUGCCUCGCUUGAAGUUCAUGUACGACUGCAAGGAGUUCCGAAACUGCUGUCAGGAGGUCCACCGCUUCGUCGACGAGUGCGUCGCCAAGGCCCUGCACGACUAUAAGAAGAAGAAGAAGCAGCCCGAGGAGGGCGCGUCGGAGCAUUACAUCUUUGUCCACGCCAUGGCCGAGACCACCAAGGACCCGAUCGAGCUGCGCUCCCAGCUGCUCAACGUCCUGCUCGCCGGCCGCGAUACCACCGCCGCGCUACUAAGCUGGACCACCUUACUGCUCUCCCGCCACCCAGAGGUCUUCCGCAAGCUGCGCGAGGCCAUCAUCGCCGACUUCGGCACCUACGAGGACCCCCAAAACAUCACCUUUGCCACCCUCAAGGCCUGCACGUACCUGCAGCAGGUCAUGAACGAGACGCUCCGCCUGUUCCCGCCUUUGCCCACCAACGCCCGCUACGCCACCAAGGAUACCAGCCUGCCCCGUGGCGGCGGCCCCGACGGCCAGAGCCCCGUGUACAUCAAGAAGGGCCAGGCCGUCCUGUACAACGUGCACAUGUUGCACCGCCGCGAGGACGUCUGGGGCAAAGACUCGGGUGAUUUCAAGCCCGAGCGCUGGGAGGCCCGCCGCUUCGGCUGGGAGUACCUCCCCUUCAAUGGUGGGCCGCGCAUCUGCAUUGGCCAGCAGUUCGCCCUCACCGAAGCUGGCUACGUCCUUGUCCGUAUGCUCCAGCGAUUCGACGGACUCGAGGACGUCCACGCCGACCAGAGGAUUAGGUGGGGCUUGGCCCUGGUGAGCGCUCCUGGCGACACGGUCACGGUGCGCCUCCACGAGGCUAGCCGGUAA